UUGGGCGGGGGGCGGUGGCCAAAAGCUAAGCUAAUUAUAAUCUGAGGCUGUGGGUGGAACCCAGGAUCCAGGCCCCUGUCUUGCACGUUGGCGAGUUUGCAAGACAAUUUUGCAUCUUUCUUCCCAGCCUGAGCCGGUUAGUUAUUAAGGAUGGAGAAAUGAAGUAAAACUGGAGACCCCAGAUGGGAGGAAAACGCUUUGCGGAUACCCCAGCAUUUAAAAUUGUUUUUCUGGUGCUCAGGAGCAUAUGCAUUUUGUUUUGUUUUGUUUUUCACUUGCCACUUACUUUCUUGCACCUGGUCCGCUGUCAGUAAAUGUUUUUCAGUUGACUGAGCUUGUGAAAGAGAUACAGAAAUAUUGGCAUUGAGAAAAAAAUGGGUGCCAAUUAAUUCAGCAAGAAGAAGCUUGAAAACAUCAAAUGCUGAGGGCAAAUGAAGAGUGGGAGGUGGGGGGGGUGGUACAAACCUGGUAUUCAGGGAAACCUUCAUGUGUAGGUAGGUUUCCCAGGGAUUGUGUCUUUGGCAAGACUGCCACGCUCACAAGGCAGGUUCUAGUACAGGAGAAGUUGGAGUACACGUGCUGCAGGGGUUCACAAAAGAUUAUAAAGCCCAGGCAUUAGGUCUGGUGAAAAUGUCUCAGUGAGAGAGUAUAGAGUGUAUCUAACACGGAGAAAAGCCAGACGUGAAUUAGGAGACGAUGAGAGAAAGGAGGAAUUGAGGUCAGGCGAAUGGAUUGAAAGGUCUGAGGGUUGAUGCUGUCUGUAACCCAAAUACCAAAGAUAGAAAACCUGGCUCUCCUGUGCCAGUGAGAUCCUGUGUUUCUCGACUGGUGUUGCACACUGUCAUCCUGGCUCUUCAGCCUUCCUCUGUAUGUGUCAUACACCUAUCUGGGUAACCCACCUGUUCCUGUUGGUGCAGAGGGAGGAGAAGCAGCUUGAGGCAUCAUUAGAUGCACUGCUGAGUCAAGUGGCUGAUCUGAAGAACUCACUGGGGAGUUUCAUUUACAAGUUGGAGAACGAGUAUGACCGGCUGACCUGGCCCUCUGUUCUGGACAGCUUUGCCUUGCUCUCUGGACAGUUGAAUACUUUGAACAAGGUCUUGAAGCACGAAAAGACACCACUGUUCCGUAACCAGGUUAUCAUCCCUCUGGUGUUGUCCCCAGACCGAGAUGAGGAUCUCAUGCGGCAGACUGAAGGACGAGUGCCUGUUUUCAGCCAUGAGGUGGUCCCUGACCAUCUGAGAACCAAACCUGAUCCUGAGGUUGAAGAGCAAGAGAAGCAACUAACAACAGAUGCUGCCCGCAUUGGUGCUGAUGUGGCUCAGAAGCAGAUCCAGAGCUUGAAUAAAAUGUGCUCAAACCUCCUGGAGAAAAUCAGCAAAGAGGAGCGGGAAUCAGAGAGUGGAGGUCUUCGGCCGAACAAGCAGACCUUUAACCCUGCAGACACCAAUGCCUUAGUAGCAGCUGUGGCCUUUGGGAAGGGGCUGUCUAACUGGAGACCUUCAGGCACCAGUGGUCCUGGCCAGCCAGGCCAGCCGGGAGCCGGCACAAUCCUUGCAGGAGCCUCAGGAUUACAGCAAGUGCAGAUGGCAGGAGCUCCAAGCCAGCAGCAGCCAAUGCUCAGUGGGGUGCAGAUGGCCCAAGCAGGUCAAACAGGAAAAAUGCCAAGUGGAAUAAAAACCAACAUCAAGUCAGCUUCAAUGCAUCCCUACCAGCGGUAAUCCCACCUUCAUUUUCAACAUUUGAAAUGGGUUCCUUGUCCUCCCAGAGUGGAAAUAUCCUCCUGCCCCAACGGGAACACAUGCAGGACCUCACCUACAUCUGGUGACCUGAAGCACACAUUCUUUACUCCGAAGGCACUCACAUCUCUAUAUUCUGUACUCUGGAAGCACAUGUUCUCAUUUGCAACUCCCUCCCACCCCCAGAUCCUCUGGAGUACACACACCUACGUAGCAUCGCCAGCUUCAGGAUUCGGACAGCCCAGUAAGCGCCUCAGUGGAUGGUAUCUCCCUCCGCUCACACACUCAUUCCCUCAGGAGGGGAUAUAUAUGGAAUUCCCUUUGAAGAAGAGGACAGGACCUGCUUACUUGUUCAGACGUAGGAUUCGUAAAAGAUGGCUCUCUUGCACCACUUUGAUGGUGUUCCUGUUUCUGGCUGCUCUGUUUUGCCUGGGGACUGUUUUCUCCUACUCUUGGGGCCCCUGGAGAACGAGAUUAGGUCAUUGUACCCCAGGUUUAUGCCUAGGAUGGAGAAAGAAGCAACUGUGAAACCAUGAGAUCUUACUGCAGCACAGAGUUCACCCUGCUUAAGGCAGAAACUUACUUAAUCCACGCUGACAUGACAACCAUUGUCUAGGACUGCUUCCUCUCCAGGUUUGCCCUGUGGCUGGCAUUCUGUCAUUGUGGAUCCUCCUGUUUACUCAUUGCUCCAGUCACCCUAUUCUCUUUCUCUUACGACGUCUUUUGCUGCUCUACCUAGCCAACUUUACCUGACCUUGUACCUUCUUGUGAAACAGCUCCUUCCAGCUCUGUAAGAGAUUCUGGCUUUAGGACUGAACUGGAAGGGCUGUAUUACAUACCUCCUGUGCCGCUGUCAGGCACGAAGCUGAACUCUGCAGGAAUGCCCUAGUGCAAGGCUGGGCCCUUUUCCCACUCCAUUCUCACCUCCCCCAAGCAGCUGGGAACAACCUCUCCCUUUGUCUGAGCUUCUUGUACAGAAUAAUCCCCCUUAGGGACAAUGUAUUCUCUGUGCCCUGUGGACACAGGAGCCGUGUGAGCUGAUCCCAGCACCGGGCAGGACGGAGGCUGAAUCCUUCCAAACGCCCACCCUGGGUCAAAUCCUGAUUACUAUCCAGAGAAAUGAUUAAGGGGUGUACAUUUUCUUCCAUCUGUUCCAAAUUUGGGAGGAUAGCCUAUUGAAGUUUAACAAUGGGCCAGAGACUGCGGUCCCUUUUCGGAUCACUCCUGAGAGUUCAUCAUGCCAACCCAUGGAGGCUUGAUGUCGCUCUGGCUUGAUGGCCUCAAACACAGGGGGAACACUCGGAAAGAAUUUGCCGCUCUUCACGUGGGGC